AUGCGCGGCCACGUACAGUAUCGUGCUGUGCUGCAAACCUUCCGAGUCGCAAAAGUUGUGCAGCAACAACCCCACAGGCCACCGCCGUGCUUCCACGGCAGCCACCAGCCAGUCAGCGCCAGCCCAUCGCGCGCAGCCUGCCCGGAACUCGCCGCCGCUGGACGCCUUCCCUCAGCGUCCGGACGGCGCGCGGCGCAUCAACCUCGAGCUCCUCCCCGUGCGGUGCCCGCCGCCGCAAGUCCUGCCACCUGUUGGCUCGUCAUCGCCGCGCUCAUUGGCUGCCGAAAAUAUAGUGCAACGACGUAUUCGGCGCACAAAAACACGGGCAGCACGACUCAAGCCUCGAGUGGCAUUCUCGAGCUUACCGUGCGUGACGCAGGACUGCUGCGCUGCACUGGGGAGACGGUGCUGGCCAUCGACGGCGAACUCGCCCGCCGGAAGCGCAUGGUCAUUUCGCUGCUCUGUUAG